AUGGCGGCCAUGGAUCAAGCACUAGAGGUUUGGGCUGAAGAGGCCGCAUGCUCGGAGAUCGACAUGUCAGGUGGCGGCAACUUUGCGAGGGUGUGGAUCUUCUCGGCCAUCAGCGCCAUCGCACUCCUACUGAUUCUGGUGGUGCCUUUCAUUUGGUGCCGCAGGAAGCCCCAACGAGUCUACCCGGAAGGAGGCGAAAGCCCGGAGCAUGGUCACGCGAAGACGGGUCAGGAUAGGCAAAACGAGGCGCAGGAGGAUUUGAAGAAGACGCGGCCCGACCGGGCGGCAGCGCUGCGGCACCUGAAGCGCUCGAGCGCUACGGUGGACGAUGAGUACUUGAGUCCCUUUUUCACGGGCAUCGAGAAGAUGAGUCGUGUGGGAGGCACCGGCACCGUGCUCUAUUUCCAGACCUUGAGGACGAUGGGCUAUUUGUUCGCCACCAUGGCGGCGAUCACCUUCCCCACAACGGCCUUUUGCUUGUUGGGCACCUUUGCUCCGGAUAACGGUCAGAUCCUGGCACGGACCUCCAUUGGAAAUCUCGGGCUCUAUGUGGACACCAAGAUCUUGGACCCAUUGCUGCGAAUCGUGCGGGUCAGUUGUGAUGGUAUGCAACUGAGUGACUUGACGGCCAUCUUCGCAUGGUUGGACCUCAUUGCAGUGUUUAUGCUCUUCUGCUACUUAUUGCGCUUCCGCUUCUACGAAAUCCCUCAACGCAUCGAGAGUGACGACCUGAACAACGUCUCGGUGAACGACUUCGCGGUGAUGGUGGAAAAGUUGCCGAAGAGGAUCGAUGACCAGAAGAACUAUGAAAAAGAGUUGAAGGCGCACUUGGAGGGCCGCAUGCGAGCGGUCCAACAUCACGGAGAGAAAAAGCCGCAGCCCGAAGUCCGUGAGAUCACGCUGGUCAGGGACUUCAAUGGGAGGCUUGAUGCCUUGCAGGAGCAGGCGCGUCUCACUCAGCAGAUCUCAGUACAGCAAGCGUACGAGAAGGAGAAGAAGGUGGCGAAGCUCCAAGAAAAGAAGGCCAAGCUAGACCAGAAGAUUGAGAUGCAGAUGCCGGAAGAAUCCGAUCUCCCGGUGCUGCGCGCCUUCGUGAUCCUCAACCGGGUGGAGGACGUGCAUAGCUUGCUCUACGACUAUCGUCUCGCGCGCUUUGGCCUCUUCCGCUGCUGCUUCCCAUGCCUGUCGCGGAAGAGAUGCUUCCAUGGCCACGCCAUCCGCGUGCGCGAAGCGCCAGCGCCGACGGACCUGCUCUGGGAGAAUGCCGACACGCCCUGGAUCAGCCGGCUUUUGAGGCAGACCUGCAUGUUCUUGACCUUCAUCAUCAUCCUGGCCAUCGCUGUAGUCUUGAUCUAUGUCAUCACCGUCCUGGGCAAGUCACAAGCAGGAGACCAACUCAGCUACAUUGGCCACCCCUUGUGCGAUCCCAUUAUCCCGAGCAACAGCUCCGGAGAGGAGGAGAAGUACAUUUGCUUUGUGAAUGUGGCUGCCAAUUGGACCAAGGACUAUGCAGUGGGUCAAGGAGGUGACAUUCUCAACUGCUGGUGCGAGUCACAAGGCUAUGCGAAGUUGGCCGAAGACCCCUCGCUGAUCAACACCUGUUCCAACUGGCUGUUGGAGCUCGGGAAAUCCAUCGGCAUCAUGACUGCAGCAUCGAUGGUGGUCCUGGUCAUCAACUUGCUAUUGCAGUAUGUCCUCAUCGCAAUGGCUCGCUUCGAACGACCCUUGUCGAAUACCGCGCUGAACCAGUCGAUGAUGCAGAAGAUCUUCUUGGCGCAGACCAUCAACACAGGCUUUGUGCUCUUCAUGGUGAACACCUAUGGGCCUCAAGUUGCGAACCUCGACUGUGUAGAGAUGUUGGAGUCAGACCAGAUGUGGACAAACUUGCGGCGAAGCCACAACUUGCUUCAAGACUUGGGACGGAAGAAGCUUUGGCAAGAAGCAGUUCAGCUUUUGAAAGACUUGGGUUCUGCCCGCGAUGCAAUUGCAAUCAACUGCACAAUCAGUGCCUGUGGUGCCGCUUUGCGCUGGGAGCAGGCCUUGGUCCUUUUGCCCAGUGAUCCGAUCGGCGCCUCUGCGGUCUUGAGCGCGUGCGGCCGCGCCCAGCAGUGGCAGAGGGCGCUGGCAGUGCUGACCGCCGGAGAGGCUCACGCCGAUGUGGGUUUGUACAACGCCGCGAUCAGUGUCCUGAAGAAGGAUCUGUGGAUGAAGGCCUUGGGCAUCCUCCAGCGACUACAAGAUCAGGCUUUCCGCCCAGACCUUGUGUCUUUCAAUGCCACUCUGAGUGCUUUGGCUUCGGCGCGGCGGUGGCAGCAGUGCUGCCACAUGCUGGCCUUGAUGAAUUCGCAGCGUGUGGUUGCUGACGGCGUGUCGCUGAGCAGCUGCAUCAAUGCCGUUGAGCAAGCUUGGCCCUUGGCACUCGAACUUCUGGAGCAGGCAUCCGAGAAGGACACGGUGCUUUGUGGGAGUGCCAUCAGUGCUUUGACCCGACAUGCGCAGUGGGAGCAUGCACUUCAGCUCUUCUUCGACAUGGAGCACUGGCAGAUCCGUCCCAAUCUGCUCACCUGCUCGGCGGCUCUGAGCGCCUGCGAGAAGGGUGUCCAAUGGACCUGCGCACUGGAGAUUUUCGAAGGUCGUCGACGAAGGGACUGGGAUGGUGUCGCCUACUGCAGCAUUCUCAGCGUUCUUGGGAAGGCCUCCCAGUGGCCAGCCGCGCUGGCUCUCUUUCGCCAAAGUCAGCAGGGAGCGGUGCAGCCCAGUAACUUCACCUUCAACGCCACGAUGAGCGCGUGCGAAAAGGGUCAGCAGUGGCCUUGGGCGUUGGAACUUUUCAAGGAGAUGUCUAGCUGGGCCUUAUCGCCUGAUCUGAUAAGCUACAACGCCUGCAUUGAGGCUUGCGCGAAAGGCGCAAGACCCACCUGGGGAGUGGCCUUGGAGGUCUUCAGCCAGUUGUUGGGCGCCCACUUACAGCCCGAUGCAGUGAGCUUCAACGCGCUCCUGAACGCGCCGCUGGAUCCACCCCUGGCGGAGGCGAUCUUCCUGGAAGCCUUGGAAGCCAAAGUCUAUCCAUGGCUUUUUGCCAAAGGGCCCCAUGUCUUGGACCUCCAUGACCUCUCGCCGGGUGCGGCGCACAUCGCGAUUGCAUGGUGGCUCCGGGAGAAGAACUACUGGAGCGGGCGCCACCCGAGUGGCCUGGAGCUGAUUUGCGGCUUGGGCCUCACGCGCAAGACCUGGGCCUCCAACAUGCCGCUGCGUCGUGCUGCGGAAGAGCUGCUCACCCAGCUGGACGUGCCCUGGGCAGAUCUCCGGAAUGGUGGAGGCCUUCGAGUGAUGCUUGGAUUCAACCAGUUUCAAGGGUUGCUUCUCUCGACCGCCGCCGCCGCCGAAGCACGAGAUGAAAGGAGAGACUUUGUGUCUUUGAUCCCUGGCUUGGGUAAUUUGCUCCUGCGAGGGCCCUUUGAGGAUUUGACUCGCGCCUGGUAUGUCGUCGUGGGUGCAACGAUUAUGACCAACAUGUUGCUGAACAUGGUCACACCUCCUUCGAUCACCAUCGCGAUGAUCUUUGUGACCAAGUUCAUGCGAUGUUGUUGUCGAAGUCGCGUGAAGCACCACUCGGAGCUGAUACAGAUCUACACCAAUCCCGACUUCGACAUCAAAGCGAAGUAUGCCCAGCUACUGACAACCUGCUUUGUGACCCUCACCUAUUCCUCUGGCAUGCCAUUGCUCUACCUCUUUGCCUUUGGCUACAUGGGGCUAAUGUACUGGGCCGACAAGAUCUCCUUGUUGUGGUACUCCAAACGGCCUCCGCAGUACGACGCCUUGUUGGCACAGGAAUCCAGCGAAGCGAUGUUGUACGCGGUUGCUUUGCAUUGCAUCUUCGCCAUCAUCAUGUUCGGACAGCCAUGCGUCUUCCCCUCGCAGCCCUUGGGGGGUGAUUUGGGCGAGUUGAUCCAACAGAACGGUGGAGAGGCCUCUGGAGCCUUAGGAGAUUGGUGGCCUCGACUCACCCAGGAGAGUACCUGGAUGUUCGUGGUCUUCUUUGCGCUGUUGCUCUCCCUCUGGGUCAUCUGGUGGCUGCAGAUGAUCUUUGCUGGCACGUUCGGUGCCUUUUUGUCAGCCCUUUGGCAGCUGUGCUGUGCUUCUCGAAAAAAACAGGAUAGCGAGGUCGUGGAAGCCAUGAAGACCGGAGGUGAUGACCUGGACGGCACUUUGCAGUCCUUGGGUUCCAAAGCCAAGGCACAGAGAAGCCGAAGCCCCAAGAAAACCGUGGGAACCGUGCGUGGGAAGAAAAGGCCAAUCACCUGA